AUGUUAGCUCAUUAUGGUGUCUACCACCGUACUACAUUGCCAUAUCACCCCCACUCAAAUGGUCAAGCUGAAAUUUCAAACAGGGAGGUGAAAAGUAUCCUUGAAAAGAUCGUGGAUAGUUCAAGGAAAAACUGGUCAAAGAAUUUGGAUGACCCACUAUGGGCUUACAGAACAACGUUUAAAACACCGUUAGAUAUGUCCCCAUAUCGCAUAGUUUUUGGGAAAGUUUGCCGUCUUCCAGUUGAGCUAGAGCACAGGGCAUACUGGGCAAUGAAAAAGUUAAACUUGGAUUGGACUGCUGCUAGUGAAAAUAUAAUUUUGCAAUUGAAUGAACUUGAUGAAUUUCGUAACGAGGCAUGGUUGUGCCCUUUUAAUGUUGUGAAGGUGUUUCCAUAUGGCUCGGUGGAGGUGCAAGACAAAAAUGCAGAACCUUUCAAGGAUGAUGACCAAAAGGAUUUUGUUCGAGGCAAGGAGGUGCCUUCCGAUAUUGAUUCGUUUAAUGUCUUACUCCAUCUCCCUACUAUUCCAGUAACUGAAGAUGAAUAUUGGCUGUGGGCCCAUUUUAGUGAGGUUGAUUAUGUGGAGGUGGCCGAAACAUUGAGCUUGCCAGGGGCUUGA